ACGUCACAUUGUGCUCAUCUCUUCAUCUGCCAAAUUGUUCGCUGUCUUCACGUAGUGUGGAAACUCUGAAUACAGCAAAUAAAUUACAAAUUUUCCCAUAAACUUCCCCAAAUUUCCAAUACUAAAAUGGCAGACCUUGCUGCACCAGUACGUGUAUCUCCACUGAUUAAGUUUGGACGCUGGUCCUUCCUAAUAGUCGGAGUUGCAUAUGGUGCCUAUCAUCAACAGCGCUUGGCUAAGCGAGAAGUCGGAAUCCGGGAGAUCGAAGCUCAGCAGAAGGCCAUUCGAGAUGCAAAACUAGCCGAGGAAAAGAAACGUAAUUCGGAAGCUGAAGCCAAAGCCAUUGCCGAGUUGUCUGGGCCAUCGAAGAAGUGAGCUGUCGCGAGAAUUGUUUAGUCCGUUAUUUUUAAUUCUAAUCAAGUAAAUCAGUUGAAACGAUAACGUCUUGUAUAGAUUCAUCUAAAAUCUGGGAAUCAUGGAAUAAAUUGAAUUCUUGGCGAACCGAACAAGUUUUCCCGCAUUAUAA